AUGGAGUUAAAUAAUACCCCAAGAGUGAGGGCCUUAUUCGCUACUCAAAUCACUUGUCUAGCAGUGGUAUGGGCUGUGGUACUUAUCCGACUUGGAAUAAAGCUGGCACUAAAACGGCAACGAACUUGGGACGAUAUAUGGAUGUUUACUGCAGCUACUUUUUUCACCGCAAUGAGUGUACUCAUUAUGAGAGGCAUUGCUCUAGGGGGAAUUGGACAAGAUGCUAGCCAAUUGACGUUGCAGAAAAUAUCUAUCGGCUUACAGACGUGGUACUUUGGAGAAAUCCUUUAUGCCCUUUUAUCUCUGUGCAUCCGUCUUUCAAUUACGAUUUUCCUCUCCCAACUUCUCAGACAACCAAGCCACAUAUGGGUCCUUUCUGGCUGCCUGGCUGUCGUUUUCAUUACAACCCUAUGCUUCUUAUUGGCUACUAUUUUCCAGUGUUCCCCUGUUCGAUUCUACUGGGAACAAUUUUCAUUGUCCGAUAACAAUGGAACCUGUUCGAAUACUGAACUCGUUCGUACCACAGCGAUUGCUCAUAGUAUCGUUGCCGCGUUGAGCGACUGGAUCAUGACAUUCCUACCUGUAACAUGUCUCUGGAAAACUCGAACUGCAACAAGUUCCAAGAUAACAGGCACUGUUCUCAUCAGCCUUGGUCUGUUCGCCGGAAUAGCAAUGAUUGUUCGCAUCCCUCAAAUUAAGUCUGUGGCCUUGACCAGUGACUUUCUAUACUCCAGCAUGUUAGUAAUAAGCUCACAGAAGCUACUCAACCCAUAG